AUGUCUAUGUUUUCGAACUUCAUGUUCCCACCACCACCUUCUAUAUUUGUCACAACCAUGUCAAUCAUAAGCUUAAUUGCACUUGCAAAUUAUGGUAUUUCUGAAAUUAGAGGAAAGCAUUUAAACUAUUCUAAAUUCUGGAAUGCAAAUAACAAUAGUGGAAAGCAAAUUAAGUUUUCAAGUAAGGUUGGUAUGUUGUUGCUAUAUACUCCUGCUUUUUUAGCUGCUGCGGCGUCGUUUUGGGUGUUUCCUGAUGAAGGUUUAAGAUCUACAGUUCUUCAUUCUGCUUUGACUCUUCACUACUUCAAGAGGGUCUUUGAGUCUCUUUUUGUUCACAAAUAUAGUGCUUCCAUGCUUCUUGAUUCAGCAAUCCCCAUCACUCUAAGUUACUUCAUGUCAACCGUAACAAUUAUCUACACUCAACACCUCACAAAAGAGCUUCAAGAGCCAUCAAUUAAUUUAACAUACCCAGGAAUUUUGCUUUUUCUAAUAGGCAUUAUUGGUAACUUCUAUCAUCAUUUUCUUCUAUCCAAAUUAAGAGGAAAAGGUGAAAAGGAAUACAAAAUUCCAAAAGGUGGCUUAUUUGGGAUUGUGAUAUGUCCACAUUAUCUUUUUGAGAUUAUUGAUUUUUAUGGUGUGUUUUUUAUUUCUCAAACGUUGUGUUCUUUGUGUUUUGCAAUUGGUACUACUUUUUAUUUGUUGGGGAGGAGUUAUGCUACUAGGAAUUGGUAUCUUUCUAAGUUUGAAGAUUUUCCUAAGAGUGUUAAGGCUGUAAUUCCAUUUGUGUUUUAA